AUGGCAUCCAGCGCUGAACCGCAAGCUCAACCGCACGACACAUCCAUUUCCACCGACGACAUCGCAACCGUCAGCACCAACACCACCAUGGAGGCCGACGCCGACGUCACCACGUCCUCCAACGCCCCUGCCGCCGGCAACGACACAACCUCCUCCUCCCCCCCACCCUCGGCCUCCGCUCCCCCCGCAGCCGCGCCCUCGGACAGCGACAGCGCCGACGCCGACGCCAUCGACGACUCCAACACGCUCAACAUAACCUUCACCCACCACGGCACGCCGCACACCCUCUCCCUCCCCCCCACCGCCACCAUCACCACCCUCUCCGCCGCCAUCGCCACCGCCCUCUCCAUCCCCCCCACCCACCAAAAAUUCCUCAUCACCCCCAAACCCGGCCUCCUCAAACCCCCCUUCCGCGACCCCUCCCUCCCCCUCGCCCCGCUCGUCCGCGCCUCCCGCAAGAUCCUCCUCAUGGGCAGCACCCCCGCCGAGGUCUCGUCGCUCCAACAGACCGUCUCCCACGCCGCCGCCCAGCACGCCGCGCGCACGUCGCGCCGCUACGCCGUCGCCGCGCCCGCCGCGCCGCGCCGCACCGUCGCGGGAAUUGCUGGCCAUUCCAGCGCCGACGCGACGUACACGUUCCACGCGCUGCGGCCCCUGCCGCACCUGCCGCACCCGGAGCGCAGCCUCGCGCUGCUGGAGCGGCUGCGCGACGACGCGGGCGUGCGGGCGGCGAUGCGGCGGCACCGCUUCAGCGUGGGGCUGCUGACGGAGAUGGACCCGGCGAUGCACACGACGCGCGAGGGAAGGACGUUGGGGCUCAAUCGCAAUCGCGGGGAGGUGGUGGAGCUGAGGUUGCGGACGGAUGCGGGGGAUGGGUAUAGGGAGUAUGGCGGCGUGCGGCGGACGCUGUGUCAUGAGUUGGCGCAUUGCGUGUGGGGGGAGCAUGAUGGGAGGUUUUGGGCGUUGUGCAGGGAGAUUGAGGGGGAGGUGGAGAGGGGGGAUUGGUGGGGGGGCGGGAAGGGCGGGAGGAGGGUGGGUGGGGUGGGCGGGGACGAGGUGUAUGUACCGCCGCCGGUGGAGGAUGAUCCGGAGAUGAGGGGGGAGGCGUGCGAUCAUGGGGGGUGGACGGGGGGGGAGUACGUGCUUGGGGGAGGGGGAGGAGCAGGCGCGCCGGUUGUGGGGAGUUCGGGGGAGGUGAGGGUGGAGGGGGCGGGGGAGGGGUUGAGCAGGAGGGAGGUGCUUGCGAGGGCGGCGGAGGAGAGGGCGAAGCGGGCGAGGCAGGAGGAGGAGGGUGGUGGUGGUGGAGAGGGGAAGUAA